UCUGCGACCAUUCACUUUUUGCGAUUCGUCUUCCACAUUCGAAACUACCUUGCCUGCGCCACAUCCCAGAGCCAGAAGCCUUUAUGGAGAUUCGAGAUGCGAAAAAGUAAAAAAAGUGCUCUUCAAGAUUCCUGUCGCUUUGCUCUUAGUUAACGCAGAAUCAAUUUAGAUUUUUUAACUGCUGCCCAAUUAGAGGAUGACAGUAGGUUUUGGUAUAAAUACGAUUGUCCAAUCGUGGAUUGGGCAACAGUACGCUUUGCGACAACCGACGUGUGCAGACCAUUUCUGAAUAAGUUCUUCCCUUUCAAAUUUAUAAGAGACGAGAAAAUGUUCAAACUGGUGGCACUGCUUUUGUUCGUUAACGCCGUUGUAGGCAAAGUGACCGAAAAGCCUGAUGUCUUGGAUGCCAUAGAAGAUACCGAAAUUCACUUGGUUCCAACACUGCAGGCCACUUCGAUAAUCCAGGAACCCACUUUGGCCAAGGUGGGCGAUUUGAUUCACAGUGUGCCCACCGCCGUUUCCCAUCAGAGUUCGACCAUAGUUCACGACCGCGCCAAUGUGGCCACGCCGAUAGUAGCACCAGCAAUUAAGACACACAUCACUCCGGUUAUCAACUCAUACGCUUCGCCACUGGCACGUUCUUAUCCCAGCUUCUAUCCGUAUAGUUACUAUUAUGACUUCUAUCCUUAUGCUUACAAGAGUAUCUACUAAGCUUGGACCGAUCGUAAAAAAUGUUACCAUAUGCAUGAAACAGCCUCAUAAG